GUGGACCGAGGGAAUACAGAGGGAUGAAGAUGGGAAAUUUUAAAGAUGGAAGAGGGCACGUGGAACAGCUGCGCAAACUGGAUUUUUGCCCUACAACGUCUCAAAGGAAGCAGGCUGUGAGCUGAGGGAAGGCAGAGGACAUGAAUGUGUUCCGAGGGUUUCCUGGUGGUUUAUGGCAUCUUCCAGAGUCCUGUCUGAGAGCUGCUCCUGACCAAGAAGCACCUCCAGAGACUGUCUCUGAAAUCAAGUCCCCAUGAAGAAUGGAGAAUGACCAGCCGCCUGUGCUUACUGCUACCCCGCUGGUGCCCCUUCAGAACCACAGCUGCAUGGAAGCAGCUGAGGCCCUGCUGCCCGGUGGCCUGGUGGAAUUCCAUGAGGAACACAGCUGGGUGAGCAACAGGACAGACCUUCGGUAUAGACUGAACCCUGGAGAGGUGGCUACAGCCAGCAUUUUCUUUGGCGCUCUGUGGUUGUUCUCUAUCUUUGGCAACUCCCUGGUGUGUCUGGUCAUCCACAGGAGCCGGAGGACUCAGUCCACCACCAACUACUUUGUAGUGUCCAUGGCGUGUGCCGACCUUCUCAUCAGCGUGGCCAGCACGCCUUUCGUGGUGCUGCAGUUCACCACGGGACAGUGGACCCUCGGCAGUGCCAUGUGCAAGGUUGUGCGCUACUGCCAGUAUCUUACUCCGGGCGUCCAGAUCUACGUGCUCCUCUCCAUCUGCAUAGACCGCUUCUACACCAUCGUCUACCCACUGAGCUUCAAGGUGUCCAGGGAAAAGGCCAAGAAGAUGAUCGCAGCCUCCUGGAUCUUAGACGCAGCCUUUGUGACCCCCAUCUUCUUUUUCUACGGCUCCAGCUGGGACAGCCAUUGUAACUACUUCCUCCCUUCCUCCUGGGAGGGAACCGCCUAUAGUGUCAUCCACUUCUUGGUGGGCUUUGUGAUUCCCUCUGUCCUCAUAAUCAUAUUCUACCAGAAGGUCAUAAAAUACAUCUGGAGAAUAGGCACUGAUGGGCGGACCCUGAGGAGGACGAUGAACAUCGUCCCCAGGACAAAGGUGAGGACCGUUAAGAUGUUUCUCCUCUUGAACAUAGUGUUUCUGUUCUCCUGGCUGCCUUUCCACGUGGCUCAGCUCUGGCACCCCCACGAGCAAGACUAUAAGAAGAGCUCCCUUGUCUUCACAGCGGUCACGUGGGUGUCCUUCAGCUCUUCAGCCUCCAAGCCCACCCUCUACUCGAUUUAUAAUGCCAAUUUUCGGAGAGGGUUGAAAGAGACUUUCUGCAUGUCCUCGAUGAGAUGCUACCGCAGCAAUGCCUACACCAUCACAGCCAGCUCGAGAAUGGCCAAAAGAAACUAUGUUGGCAUUUCAGAAAUCCCUCCCGUGAGCAGGACGGUAACCAAAGACUCCGUCUAUGACUCAUUUGACCGAGAGGCCAGGGAAAAGAAGCUUGCCUGGCCCAUCAAUUCAAACUCACCAAACACUUUUGUCUAA